UGUAUAUUUGUUUACUUGCAGGUGCUCUUCUUUUAAUAACUUAUUUCUUUUAAAAGAAAUUACCCUAAAUAGGGUAUCAAUAGGAUGAAUCCUAGAGUACCAUUACCCCAGGCCUACUGAGGUUCUCAUUGUUCUGGGUUUGGGCCUCUUUCAUGUAGGACCUGAACCCAGGCAUAAUUGGGAUUAGAAUGAUGCAUGAGCUGAACAUGGCAUGCACUCGUGCUAUUACAUUAGUUAGUUGUCAUCAUAUUUGUAUUAAUCAGGCCCUUGUUGCAGUCUUGCUUUUAGUAUUUAGCUUAUAGAUGUUUCCAAAUAACUGUAGACAUCUUAUCUUGCGUAUGAUGAUCAUGGCAUUGUUAGUUCCUGUAACUAUGCAUAUCAAAUUCUAUUUUGAUCUUCUGUUUUUCAGCCAAAAAGUUACAGUUUUUAGGAUCACACUUAUGGCACUGUAGUUCCCGUAAUCGUCUCUAAAAUUCUAUUUUGAUAUUCUGUUUUUAAGCUGAACAGAUACAGUUUUCAGAAUCACACCCGGUUUCUCUCAACAGAUCUAGUUCCUAUAAAAUACACAAUUUGUUUUGUCUUUGCAUGGUCUGGUCAUAAUCACUCAAGAACCAUACAUCUACAUUUGAAUUUUAAGGAGUACACUGCUUGGCCCGAAUUACCGUUGUUUUCAUUAUACCAGCAUUCCAUGCAGGCUGGUCCAUUUCUCACUUAUAUACCAAUACAAUAAAUAAGUCCGGUUGCUUGAACCAUGGAUGAAUGUUGCACAAAGAUUACCACAUCGAGCAGUUCUAAUCAUUCAAUGGUCAGCUUGCAAGCUUUAGGUGGUCUAGGAGCUGGUAUAAUAGCUCUGAGGUACCUAGGGAUACUGUACUGGGGCUUUACAAAUGUGGAUGAAAUCCUACGCAUGGGGAAGAGUGCUUCAGCACCUGGAAUUUGGUUGUUGACUCAAUUGGUGAGGGCCAAAGUUGUGGCAACUGCUCUUUGCAGGGGAUCUGGGCAUGUGGGUGCUCUUUAUGCCCCAAGCUUGAUGAUCGGUGCUGCUCUUGGUGCCGUGUUUGGGGGUUCGGCUGCAGAAAUCAUCAAUUCAGCCAUCCCAGGAAAUGUUGUUAUUGCCCAGCCACGGGCCUACGCUCUGGUCGGGAUAGCUGCUACGCUAGCUUCAGUUUGUUCAGUUCCCUUGACAUCAGUGCUACUUCUGUUUGAGCUGACAAUGGAUUAUAGAAUUUUGCUUGCACUCAUGGCACGCCUUCAGGUUCCUGAAACAGUUGUCCAGCAGAUAUUUUUGUUAAACAGCCUUGAUGUGGAGCUUUAUAAGCAUGCGUAGGAGGACAUCUUUGAACAGCAGCAGACACAUCUUGCCGAGAAAUUGGAUAAAGUGGUAAGUCCGGAUUCCUAAGAUUGUGUGAGGUCACAUAUAAUACAAAUCACUCGUAUUCAGUUGGCUAUCUUCCUGAAGAUCCACCACAUGCUUCUCUCGGAGAUUGUAAAAUUAUAGCGUAUCUAGCAAAGCUGUUCCAGCCCCCUGCUUUGCCGUUCUGUUUAGAUGAUCAGUUUCAAAUAUAUUGUAACCAUUAGAAUGGAAAACUAGCCAGAAGAUUAAGACGUGUUUGAAUGUACAGUUUAACAGAAUCAGAAAAGUUCAAUGACAGAGAGCGAAUGGCCAGAAGUGGAGGUGGGGGCAUUGUGGUCUGU